AUGAAGAGAAGGAGCGAUGAACCCUUCGAUCCAGAGUACUGGAACAAGCCCGGCAACCUCUACAAGAUGAGGAGAUGGCUCUCGUCGAGCCGUCAUCCUACCAAGAAGGCGUGUGAUGCUUGUAGGAGCGCUAAGGCCAAGUGCCAGGACUCGCGGCCGUGUAAGAGGUGCAUUGCGAAAGGAAUCUUCUGCUCUGGGCAGGAUACGGCCAUUGAGCCGGAAGAGCAGGUCGAGAGCUCUCAGAUCGCAAUGAAGGAUGGGGUGAUGCUCAUCUACAAUGACGUUGCGUUCAGGGAUACCGACGUCGGCAAGCUACCUCAGAGGAUCCUGCGGCUCGUGUGGGAGUGGAGCUUCGUUGCCAACGACCUUGAAGCUAUCUUCAAUGCCAUGCCGAGCUCCCUCCAGACCUCCAUCGCAAACGCUGUGUCUGCCGUGGAGACCAUGGCAUCGAUGAACCACGUGAUGGACGUCCCUUCAGGUCACCAGCUAAUGAACGACACUUGUGCAAACGCCAUGUUCUCGACUGACACGAGCGGGUGGGACUCGACGAACCUGGGCUAUCAGUGCUUCACCUGGGACCCCAUCCUGCAAAAGCGGACUAGCGUAAACUGCAACGCGGUCAUGGCCGAUUUCUUUGGGUUGAGCCGGGAGGAAUGGCUCGCGAAGAUGGCGGGGAAUGACGGGAGGAUUCCAACAACAGACUUGCGAUACCUGUGCAUGAUCCUGGAAGACCUGCUGUGCAUGAGCAACCCGACAGUAGUCCACUACCUGCGGUUCUCCAAGAACCUGUUCAAGCAGGGCCACAAGGAGGGCGUUCUGGUGCGCUCGACGACGAAGAAGCUCUACGACUCAGCUGGCAGAGUCUGCAAAGUCGCCAUGUCCUUCGCCCCCAUCAGCGCGGAGGAGUACGACCGCGCUCUCCUCCAGGCCCCCGACUUGUGCGAGCCCAUGAUGAAGGCGCUGGACGAUGAGCCCAAGAGCGGGAUCCAACUGAUCGAGGACGGCACCCUCGCUCAGAAGGAGAGCAUCCACACGCUGUGCAGGACCCCCAACGGCAAGAAGAAGCUCGACAAACUCGCUUCCAUCAUUGACAGCCGCUUCGCUCACCUCGUCAGCCUGGCCAACGGGCUGCGUGCCAAUCAGUCCAACUUUGCCCAUCACCAGAACCCCCCGUUUUCAGCUCCGGAGGACCUGCAUCCUCCGAUGAACUCAACAAGCACAACCAACUUCUACAGCCACGAGAGCCCGAUUGGAGCCAUGUCAAGGUCUCAGCCGAUGCUCCAUCACGCCAGCGAGGCUCAGCUGCAGUUUGAGAGUGAGGCAGCGAGCUAUGCUCAUCCUCACCUCGACUUCGCCUCCUCCUCCUCUUACAUGCACUCGGCACCAUCCUCCUCAUGCGAGAUACAACCUUCUGCUCCCUUCUUCAACAUGGCCAACAUAGCAGCAUCCUUCGCAGGAGACGGCAGCCUCCCUGCCUUCUCCGGGGGGUUUGUGCAGCAGGCAGGAGGGGCUUCGCUUCCAAAUCCUGUCGGUCUGCCAACUCACAGUGUGAACAACCUGCUGGUGGGGGGGAUGAUGAAUCCUUUUCCCAACGUGAACUCCUUGCCCGGCAUGCCAGAUGUGUUCAAUAACCAGGUUACUGUGAAGCAUCAGGAACAAGGUCCUGGAUACAUGUGGUUGUCGGGCACGGGGAUGGGAAUGGGGUCGGGGAUGUAG